GGAGGCACAUACUCGCCUUGUCGUACACCUAACAUACAUUAAAAUUGCUCACUUAUUUGGUUAUAAUAUUUAACUCUAGAUUUAACUGCUGAAUACAUAGAUAUAAUGAUGUUGAACAUGUUUCCACGAAUACCUAACUUAAUCAUUUUUUAACCAUAAAUGAUCUCUGACAAUAUAAUCAAAGGCUUUACUAAAAUCAAUAAAUGCACAAAAAACGUUGUUUCCCGUUAUUUAACAUAUGACUAAUAAGACCAUGAAGUACAAAAAUAUUAUCUGUAGUAUCCAUUUUUGACCUAAACCCCGAUUGCGGCUCAACAUAAACACCGUAUUUUCCCGCCCAAUCUGUUAACCUAUUAUCCGCGUAAAUAAUUUCCCUAAGGUACUUAACAGUGUUAAUCCUCUAUAAUUGCUUUCAUCGUUAAUAUUGCCCUUUUAAGUAAUGGACCACCAUAUAUCCCUCUGACAAACUUUCCGGAAAAUAUCAAAUAUGAGCGAGCGUAAAGAGCAUAUAUUAAAAAGCAGUAUCGGUCAAUAAUCGUGUCGUCAUUAACACAAAAUGGUGUCCACAAACUUUGACAUUCACUUAUAUAUGUCAGUGUAUGUGGUAUGUUCCCUUGUGAACAGAACUGGAAGUCAUUUUCACUGGAGUAGAUAUAUGAUGGAAUUAAUGCAUUUACGUGACAUGUCAACUCAGCAACGUGCUUGGCAAGUUAUGUAAUACUUUGGCAAGUAAUGUAAUACAGCGAAAUGUGGGCAAAAUGUACGUGUUAUUGACGAUUUAGUCUGUGUGUUCAUCGAAAAAAGAAACAUUUUGAAAGAACGUUCUGUGUUAAAAUGGAAGUUGAUGACAUAAAUAUUGUUAGAUUUUGCAUUUUGAGCGUUAUUUUGUUUUUCGGAAUUCCCGGAAAUGUCAUGUCCUUUGUUGUUUGGACAAAGGGAAAGAACUGUAGCAAAUCUUCGAGUGCAAUAUACUUUAAAUUAUUAGCAAUUUGUGACUUACUUGUACUUUUAAUUCCUGGAGUUGAUUUCUUUGUUUAUUUGUUUCCAAAAUACAACAAAGAUCUUCGAGUAAUUAAUAUUUUCUUAUGUAAGUUUUUAACUUUUGCUUCUGUGUAUACGAGGGAUAUUUCCCUGGGCGUGACUUUUGCCUUGACUAUAGAAAGGACAAUAACUGUGUGCAGACCGUUCAGUGCUUAUAAUGACAACGUCAGAAAACGUGCUUACAUAAUAUUUACAAUAAUUACGUCACUAGCGUUCAUCCUUAACACGCCAUACCUCAUCGUAGACGAGAUAACGGAUUUAAAACAAAAUAGAAACACGACGACUGCAGCCAAUACGUCGGAGAGUAAUUCUUAUAAAAAAUGUACAUAUAUGAGGGAACCAGUUCAUGUAAAGGAAAUUAUUGAGUUAUAUAACACCAUUCACUUCAGCUGCCACGUGAUUAUACCAGUUCUCGUGCUCACGUUCUGCAAUAGUUUAAUUCUUCGGACGCUGUGUAAAGACAAGAAACAAAGCGCCCAAAGAGGCGCUAAUACCAUAAAGAAAAGCAUUCAUACUGUUUCAUUACUGGUUAUUUGUAUAAGUAUUAUCCAUGUAUUGUCAACUUUACCGAUGUCUUUACGCGUUAUAUCGCUUUAUCACGAAUUUAAUUUAAACGAAUUUUGGACCGAUUUUGCUAAUCUUGUAAUACAAAACUUACUCUUUCUGAAUAGUGGAAUAAAUUGUGUUCUGUAUUGUUUUAUUGGUAUUGAAUUUCGUCAAGAUUUAAGAAAUUUGUGUAAAACAUGCUGUGCACGUGAAACACUGAAAGAAGAACACUUUUGAGCAGAAGGAC